AACUAAACAAAUUUACCUGUAAACGAAUGUUUACUCCGCAACAAGAGUGGAAAAAUGUAUUAUAUAUCUUUAUGACAAGCUUACAUUUCCGUGAAAACCAAUAUACCCUGAACGCAAUUUCAAAAGGUAUGUCAAAGCUGGCGCUGCUCCACUCCGCAGUGCCAUUCAGUCGUUGCAGACCCGGCUUACUAUUUGGAGGCCCGAAGCAGGUACUGGGCCCGGCUUGAGAUGUCAAGCCCAAAGGAGCAGCAAAACCAUGGACUGAUGGUGGGCGGCGCCAUGUCCCGCACCCACCUGUAUCGCAAGGUGAUGAAGCCACUGCUGGAGAGGAAGCGAAGGGCACGCAUCAACCGUUGCCUGGAGGAUCUGAGGAAUCUGCUCAAGGUGAUGACCCAUAUGGAUGACGAGGCCUUGGCCAAAAUGGAUAAGGCCGACAUUCUGGAGCUGACCGUCCACCUACUCCACAGGCAACGCUGUCCAGAGGCCACGCCCCCCCAAGCCACUUUUGCCCCCCAAAAUCAGCAACUUGCGAUGGAGCGGUACUGGUGUGGUUUUCGGCAAUGCGCUUUUGAAGUUUCCCAGCGUGUGCAGCGCACUGACUGUCAGCUAAACGCUGACUUUCUUGAGAAGUUGGAGCAUCUGGUGCCCUCCAAGCCACCUCUCUGGAGACCUUGGUAGACAAUCCCCGGGGCAAUCCCCGCCAAAGAUCCUUACCUCGCCACGUUAAAAUUGGAAUUGCCAGUCGAUUACUCUGGGUUAGUUAGGUGUGUAAUUAGGUUAGCAAGUAGCUUGAUCAUCC